AUGAUCGCUUCACAGCUUCUCCCUGUUCUCACUCUUGCGCUUCUCCUAUUUAAAGAGAGUGGAGCCUGGUCGUACAAUGCCUCCACAGAAACCAUGACUUUUGACGAAGCUAGUGCUUACUGUCAGCAAAGGUACACGCAUCUGGUUGCGAUUCAAAACCAAGAAGAAAUUAAGUACCUGAACUCCAUGUUCAGCUAUUCAUCAACUUACUACUGGAUCGGAAUCAGAAAGGUCAAUAAGCAGUGGACCUGGAUAGGGACCCAGAAGCUUCUGACCGAAGAAGCCAAGAACUGGGCUCCAGGCGAACCGAACAAUAAGCAAACCAAUGAAGACUGUGUGGAGAUCUACAUCAAGAGAGACAAGGACACGGGCAAGUGGAAUGAUGAGAGAUGUGACAAAAAGAAACUUGCCUUGUGUUACACAGCUGCCUGUACCCCUACAUCCUGCAGCGGCCAUGGUGAGUGUGUGGAGACCGUCAACAGCUACACCUGUGAGUGCUACCCUGGCUUCAGUGGACUCAGGUGUGAGCAAGUUGUGACCUGUCGAGCACAGGAAGACCCUGAGCACGGAAGCCUGGUUUGCACCCACCCUCUGGGGCACUUCAGCUACAAUUCUUCCUGCUCCAUCAGCUGUGAAAAGGGUUACCUCCCAAGCAGCACAGAGACCACGUGGUGUACUUCCAUAGGGGACUGGAGCGCUCCUCUUCCAGCCUGCAAUGUGGUUGAGUGCAAUGCUUUGACAAAGCCUGCCAAUGGCACUAUGGACUGUCUCGAAAGCUCUGGAAACUUCCCAUGGAACACAUCUUGUGCCUUUGAGUGUGAAGAAGGAUUUGAACUAAUGGGACCCAAGCGCCUCCAGUGUACCUCAUCUGGGAAUUGGGACAACAAGAAGCCAACGUGUAAAGCUGUGACAUGUGAGGCCAUUGACCAUCCUCAGAAUGGGUCUGUGAGCUGCAGCCACUCCCCAGCUGGCGAGUUCACCUUCGGGUCCUCCUGCAAUUUCACAUGUGAGGAAGGCUUCCUGGUGCAGGGGCCAACCCAACUUGAAUGCACAGCACAAGGGAAAUGGAAUCAGCAAGUCCCAGUUUGUGAAGCUUUUCAGUGUAAAGCCUUGUCCACCCCAGAGAAAGGCUACAUGAGUUGUCUUCCUAGUGCUUCUGGAAGUUUCCAAAGUGGGUCCAGCUGUGAGUUCUUCUGUGAGAAGGGAUUUGUGUUGAAGGGAUCCAAAAAACUCCAGUGUGGCCCCCCAGGCGAAUGGGACAGUGAGGAGCCCACAUGUGAAGCUGUGAAAUGUGAUGCUGUCCGGCAGCUCCAGCGUGGCUCUGUGAGGUGUGCCCAUUCCUCUACUGGAGAGUUCAGCUACAGGUCCUCCUGUGCCUUCAGCUGUGAAGAAGGCUUUGAAUUACAUGGGUCAGCUCAGCUUGAGUGCACAUCUCAGGGACAGUGGACACAGGAGGUCCCCUCCUGCCAAGUGGUACAAUGUUCAAGUCUGGCAGUUUCUGGAAAGAUGAACGUGAGCUGCAGCGGGGAGCCCGUGUUUGGCGCUGUAUGUGCGUUUGCAUGUCCUGAAGGAUGGACACUCAAUGGUUCUGCAACUCUGACGUGUGAUGCCACAGGACACUGGUCUGGGAUGCCGCCUACCUGUGAAGCUCCCACUGAGUCCAAUGCUCCCCUGGCAAUCGGACUCGCCGCUGCUGGGACCUCCCUCUUGACAUCAGCCUCAUUUCUCCUCUGGCUCCUGAAACGCCUGCGCAAGAGAGCAAAGAAAUUUGUUCCUGCCAGCAGCUGCCAAAGCCUUCAAUCAGACGGAUCCUUCCACAUGCCUUUGUAG